GUGCGAACGCUGAUGGGCCACAACAGGCUUUCCAAACGAAUAUCCUCUUCAGUCAAAUCACUGCUCAAGGGUCAAUCUCUGCUUCACUUCACACAGUCCAAACAGGGGUUCAUGCAGGACUUAACUGGAGACAGCAGGGAUCACUGAAAUAAUUAAGGAAAAAUUGCACCACCAGCACUGAAACCCCCCAAACUGCAUCCUGCUGGUGCCCCAUCUCUUGCCUGUUUAACACCCAUGGAGAACUUCAACACCUCAAUCCUCUACAUCCAUAAGCCAUCGAACAGCAGCAGUGGGAGGGGUGACCUUACCUUGUACGAGCAGUGUAAGGACAUGCCCGCCGCCGUGAUCUUUUAUCUCACCUUGCAGUUCAUCAACCUGUUCCUGGGAAUGCCCGCUAACCUGAUGGUGCUGUGGCUCCUGCACAAGAACAAGGGGGACUCCUCCAGCUCUGACAUCUUCAUCCUCCACCUGGCCAUCCUUGAUACCCUCUUCUGCCUCCUACCACCCCUGGAGCUGGCCAACAAACUCUUCCUCACCAUCAGCAGCACCUGGUACAUACUGCUGUUCUUCUACGGGGUGAAAGACUCUUCGCCGCUCUUCCUCUCCUGCAUCUGCUUGGACCGCUACAUGGCCGUCCUGCACCCAAUCACCUUCACCGAGCUGAAGGACCGUAGCCACCGUGCGGUCUGCGCUGCUGUGGUGUGGCUGAUCACCCUGGCCUACGCCGCGGCCAAGUGCGUGGGCAACAUCCCCAACUUUGAGAAGGCCUUCACCGUCAUGAUCCUGGCAGCUUUUACCAUCAUGCUCUUCUGCAACGUGGCCAUCCUGAACGCGCUCCGCAAGUCAGGCCCUGGCCGUGAUGAGAUGCACCCCGUCAAGAAGAGGGCCUUCAAAAUGGUGCUCAUCAUCCAGGCCAUUGUAGUCUUCAACUACUUCCCACCUGUAGCGCUCUUCCCCUUUCAGGACUACUUUUCCCAAGAUGUGUUCCAAUGCUGCGUCAGAUUUGCAGCUUAUGGCUUCAUGGACAUCAGCAGCAGCAUUCAGCCCGUUCUCUACCUCUCCCGGGAGAAGAUUCCCAGCAUCCUUUAUUGCUGCUGUAAGGAUCGAGACCCAGGAAACUCCACUGAUACAUGCUGAACUUUUUGUCCAAAAAUCUAUAUUUGUGCGCAUAUUUGCAGUUAUAUUUAGUUUUGUAGGAUUUUUUUCAUUUUCAAAUCAUGGAAUUGAGGCAGUUAUUUGUAAUGAAGCGCUAUCUAAUUUUUGAAAAUGCCUGUGCAUCAUGUAUUCAGUCAAAAUAAAGUGACCUUAACUGGACCUGAAAAAGGCAACAUAAAUAUACUGAAACAUAUACAUCUGUCAAAUACACCAGCAUUAACUUGAUUGACAUCUUGUUUUUUUUAUUUCUUUGAUGAAACAUGUAUCUAAAUAUAUGUGACAAUUGAGUUAUAUGUAAAUGUACAUAUAUAUAAUAGUUUGUCUACUGUAGCCAUCAUUUAUGCACUGACAUUUAUAGACAUAAUUACUGAUACUAUUGUUUUAGAUUUUUCU